AUGUACUACGAUCCCUUUAAGCAGGAACAAAACACAAAGAAAUCUAUAGUCCUACAUGAACUCCUAGAAAAAGGAUACAGAGGGCCAGGGUCACGAUCCCAAACCCACCCUAGUGCUCUAGCCACUGAAUUCACCGUCUCUCUCAAACCAAAAUUUUGGGUUGCCCUGAAAGAGGAGCAGAACCGUGCAUUAGAUAAAACCUCCUGUUCCGCAGAGCUGUCACGGCUGGACUUGCCUGUCUUUGGUGCCACCUUCGGGCAAGUGGUGGUUCGCCACAGAAAUACUCCUAAACUCUUCACUAUAAAUGCUUUCAAGAGCAGUGGCAACUCUACCCAACAGUAUUUUUCAUUUUGCAGUAUUCUUGACACGGCUCUUUCCAGUAUCCUGACAGAAGCUGAAAUUGCUGCUGGUCUACAGAGCUGUCAAGCUGCUGAUUCAUUUGAUUACAAAACCUUUUUUGUCAAAGUGGGUCUCAACUCCAAGUCCAAAGACCAAGUUGCCAAAGUCUUUGGAAUUCUUGACCAGGACAGGAGUGGCUUCAUUGAGGAAGAGGAACUGAAACUUUUCCUGAAGAAUUUCUCAGCCAGUGCCAGAGCUUUGACUGAUGCUGAGACCAAGGCAUUCCUGGCAGCAGGAGACAGUGAUGGAGAUGGUAAAAUUGGAGUGGAUGAGUUUCAAGCACUGGUCAAAUCAUAGUCAGCAGUCAAGAAAAAGACCAAGAUAUAUGUGCCAUAAACAAUCUUGCCUAUUGCAAAC